AUGGAGGAAAGGAGGAAGAAGGAGGAGCAGCAGGCGAUAGAGGGCGUCCCCAACGACCUCCUUCAAGAGAUCCUGUCGCGGGUGCCGUACCAGUCUCUGUGCCGCUCAAAGUGCGUGUCGGCAGCGUGGCUCGCGAUGUGUUCCGACCCCGCCGUCCGUCGGAGAUCGCCGCAGACGCUCUCCGGUUUCUUCGGCCUCUCCCGCAGCGGCAGCAACUGUUUUGUCAACGUUUCCGGGAGAGGCCGGCCGCUGGUCGACCCUUCUUUUCCUUUCCUCCACGGCUUCGAAAACGUCAAGAUCCUAAGCUGCUGCGGCGGCAUCCUUCUAUGCCAUGGCAUGCGAGCGGAGGGCGUGGAAUACAUUGUGUGUAACCCUGCGACCGAGGAGAUCUGGGCCGUGCUGCCCGUGCCUGAUACCCAUGAGACACCACGUCCUCGUGCUUACCGCGCCAUUUGCUAG